CCAAUAAAAACCCCAAUGUACUAAUUUGUAUCUUCACCAAAAGUCAGUAUAUACCUAUUUCCAUUUACAACGUUUUGGAUCUAUAUAUAUAUAAUUUGAGGGUAGGUAGUGAGGUGAGUGAAGAAGAGCAUGAAGUUUGGGAAACUAUUCACGCAUCAGAUUCAGGAGGCGGUGCCAGAAUGGAGGAACAAGUUCUUGUCAUACAAGAAAUUGAAAAAGCUGAUACGGAAGAUACCAGAGUGUGGGAAUGCUGAGGAGGAGUUUUUGUCUUUGUUGAACAAUGACAUCGACACACUCAAUGAAUUUUUCAUUGAUAAAGGGGAGGAGUUCAUCAUCCGUUAUCAGGAGUUGCAGCAGGAUCAGAAGAAAUCAAUUAAUUUAUGUGGACCAAAUGGCACGCAGCCAUCAGAAAUGGAUAAUAAGGAGGGGAUGUAUAUAUUACUUAAGCAUAUUGUUGAUUUGCAUAGUGAAAUGAUUCUAUUACUAAACCUCUGGAACAUUAAUCAAACAGGCUUCGCAAAACUUGUGAAGAAAUAUGAGAGGAGGACAAGCGGGCUCCAACGCUACCCAUUCCUUCAGAAAGUUUUGGAGCAUCAGUUUCUCACAUCUGAAUUCAUUCCAAAACUUGUUACGGAAUGUGAAAGCAUAAUAAAUGAGGUAAUUUUCCAUGUUGGUGAAAAUUCUAAAACACCAAAUGAAGAAGCCAUUGCAUCUAAUGGAGAACCUUUACUCCCAACCCAGCAUGAUGCAGCAGUGGUUGUGAAAGAGGGUGAGGUUUCAGAGUCAAACAUAGAAAAGAGUUUGAGAGCACUUGGGAAAUAUAGAGAUAAUUUCUCACUUCAAUCUCUAGUGCCCUUCUGUUUGAAUGAAAUGACCUAUUGUAGUUGCUGGAGAUGCUUUUUAUAUGAUUCGGCCAAUGAGUUGUUAUCUUGUCUUUUUCCCACUUGUGUUGGCCAAAGUAAGUUUGAGAUUUGACCAUGUUUAUAAUGUUCCAUUCUUCAGCUGUUGUUAGUUUGGAUUGUAUGGAGGACUUCUGUUUAAUAAAUGAUUGAACUUUCCUAAGAUGGCUUCUUUAA